CAGAGUGCGCAAAGCUACACAUCAUCACACUCUGAGCUGCAAUCAGUCUGCUUCACCUCUUGUGAGUCACCCUGCACAAAGCGAAAAUGGGAAAAAUUAAUGAACUCUUAAAGCGUGUUUUUGUUGGCUUCAACUCAUUUUUUGCGAUCCUGGGAUGUACACUUAUUUACUUGGCAAUUAAGGCCAGUGCCAGCAGCACGCAGGAGAUGUCAUCUAUUGAUAUGCCAGGGUUGAGCUGGAUAUUGGUGUUUGCCAUUGGUGUUCUCUGUGUCUCCAUCUUGGGAAUCUAUGCUGCCUCCUCUGAGAAAGUCCUCGCACUCAAAAUAUUUGCAGGCCUCAUGGGGAUUGGAAUGAUCAUCAUGAUGAUCUUUGGCAUCAUUACAGCUGUUGAAAGAAACCAGUUGAAGGCUGCCUUCACAAGUCCCACGAGUGAAGAAGUGGGUGCCUACAUGAAAAAACAAGAAUUCACAUCCUCUCUAAAGGAGCUACAGCCAACUUUCGAAUGCUGUGGAAUAGUGAGCGCUAAGGACUGGGGUGACCAAAUCCCCAACUCCUGUGAAUGCAGGUCUUCAGGAGGAUAUGGAUGCACAUCAAAACCUGAGGGGAUCAGAGGCCCAGAUCAAAUCUAUGUAAAGUCCUGUGGGGAGAUCAUCUUUUCAUUGAUGGAUGGCUACAUCAAGAUCGGUAUUGGCUUCUGCUUUGGAUUUGCUGUUAUAGCACUGCUGGGCCUGCUCAUUACCAUCUUCAUGAUUCAUCAGGUCAAACAUAAUGACACUGCUGGAACCGUUUAUGCCAUGAGGAGCUACUGACACAAAGAUCCGCACACUUAUGUUCUCUGACUUUAACCUUUGCAGCUUUCCUAAGUUAGGCUGUAACAAACAGACUCAGAGGUUAGGACACGGUCGUGUGUUUUUUAUGGUACCGUGGCAUGCUGCAGCACUUUUCUCUCUCGCAGCUUUUUUAUGUGCAACAUAAAAAAACCAAACAUGUUUUUUUUUUUUCAAAAUCCUCAUAUCACUUUUAUGUUGUUUGAUGUCACGUAGUAUUGUAGUAAUCUUAUGCAGAUACAUUUUAGAAAGUAUACUGAAACUCCAAAUCUUUUUUAAUCUGUGGAGAAUUAAGUUGUUGAGGAGGAUAGUAGAUUUUACUGGUUGUUGUCAAAAAAAGAAGAAAACAAGUGAAAACUUCAACUAAAUUUAAUUUUGGAAAUUUCCAGUUAAAUUUCUGGAUGGUGUCAAACGGAAGAAAAAAGCUGAAGGACAUGACUCAUACAUCACGAGACAAAAAGUCUUCUCUUACUUUAAAUCUUAUUGGAGGUAAUUUUUCUAGCACUAUGGUGGUAUAGGAAACAAAAAACAUCUUAGUUACAAGCUAGUUAACUUCUUUAUCAACUGGCAAGUUUAUUGUUUAUUUCAAAAAGGAGGUUAAUAAUCUUUAUUAUUAUUAUUAUGUUCACAUUAAAGCCAAAACCUCCUCGCAUUAAAUGAUCCAGUCAGAAUGGCAUUUAACCUGACACCUGCCUGUGAUUGUAAAGGAAUAUAAAAACAAUUUAAUGUAUUUAAAAAAUUAUUUUGUUGUUUCUUUGGAUGCAGGAAGCACUUCAGUCAUAGUUUCAUUUUAAAAUAGUUUUUCUGUGGUUAUUCAAUAGUUGAAUUGUAAAACCAAACCAAAACAAAGCAUUGUCCAGUUAAGGUGCAUUUGAGUAAACUGAGCUUUUGUCAGAGCUCCUGGGUCGUUUUGAGUUCAUUUGUUCUUUGCCCUUGCUUAAGAGAUUUCUUAACCAUUUUUCAGUGUUCUUGUAAUUAUGUUUUUGGUUAUAUGCUGGAGCUUUAGGUUUUGGAUGAUAAUUCAGUCCUUGAAUCUUAGUAAAUGUCUUUUUCCACUAAGUAUUCUUCUUAAGGGUUUGGUUGCCUUCCCUGUGUCUUGUCCAGUCUCUAGUCUGUGUUCCCUGUGAUUUCUGUGUCCCUUCCCCGAUGUACAGGUUAGUUAGUUCCUGGCUCCAGCGUUACCUGAAUUUCGUAGUGUAAUGUUUUCGUAUUUCUGCAUUAAAGUCGCUUUUUAAGUUUAAGCCUUCUCUCGAGAGUCCUGCAUUUGGGUCCACCUUCAGCCUGCCUCAUGGCUACAUGUGACAGCAUGUGUGUACUAGAAAAUUACCACUAAAACAUUUAUAUCUGUGUAGGUUCUCAGUCGUCCAGGUUAUGGUAAUCUAAGGAGCUUGGAAAGAAAAGCAACUAGACUUCUUUGAAAUUCUUGAAGAUGUUUCAUCUCUCAUCCAAGAAACUUCUUAAUUUCUAAGACCAAAUGGUGGAGAGUCUCAUAUUUUAAACCCUACUGUGAGUUGCCCAUAAAGAGGCUCAUUGACCUACUAUUGAUCAUGUGCCUAAUCACAUCACAGCCAAGGUGUGAAAAUGGGUGUUGAAAGAUUUUAUUAUGUUUAUGUUUAGAAGUACAUUUCAUUUAAGGUUUUCUAGAUGUGUUUGCUCUUUUUACUAGAGAAGUUACAUUGUGCAAGCUCAACAGGAAGCCUGCACACUGUGCAAGCUCAGCAGGAAGUCUGCACAGUUGUAUGUUAUCUCUUCCUGCAUGUUUCUGAGACGCAAACAUGCUUGAGUAUAAAUAAAGGCUGACAACUGCUCCAGUGUGUGAGUCUCCUUCGAGCUCUCACCCGUGUGCACGUUAAUUUGUAAAACCUGUCUGGGUGUCAUUUAUUCUAACCUGAGUUACA